GUUUGUUCCCCGAUCCAUGUUUGGCAUAUUGAUGUCGAAAUCCAAGUAUGUGCACAAUCUAAGCUAGAGAGUCGGUGAGUCUAAUUUGACACUGUGAGCAAGAGUCAUUAUCAAGAAAAUGAGAUGAUCGUCCCUGGAAUGAGGCCGUGAAGGACCGAACUGGCGUUUGGGAGCUGGGUUUUGCCUCUCUGAUAUACCAUUGGCAACAAAUCUCCCAGGCGAGCUGUCCAAGGUCACUUCUCUCGAACUCUACGCCAUACAUGCCUACAUUACGCCAUGGCCACCGAACUUACAGAGACGACGCUUCGAGGAACCACGAUCGGGCUGCUGGUACUGACAACCCUUAUCUUUGGAGUUCGAGCGAGUCUACGCGCCAAAAACCUAACAAGCAUCUUCUGGCAUGAGGGGUGGCUACUCGUUGGAUAUCUAUUCUUUCUGGCUCUAUGCUUAUGUAUCGCAAUAAAGGCUGGUGUCAUAAUCCGCGUCGUGGCGGUACAGGAGGGGCGCAUGGAACUGUAUCCAGCCUCAGCGUAUGAGGCUUUCGAUGCCCAGAGAGCCUACUUAUUCAUCGCUCCUGCCCUAUGGCUCAGUUUAUGGAGUAUCAAGUUCGCGCUCCUUGCCUUCUACAAGAAGAUUUUGGCCAAUGUGUUGCUGUAUACCAGGCUGUGGUGGGCAGUGCUAGUGUACUGUGUGUUAACUCUGAUCUCGUCGCUCGUGUUGCACAUCACGAGUUGUCCUACCCCCAAAUCCUGGUUCGUACUAAACGCCUGUACAUAUUCGGGUGCGGUCGUACAAAGAACUGCAAUCAGUUUCUGGCAGUCAUUUGCGGUCGACUUGACUUCUGAUCUUAUGAUUAUGCUACUUCCCAUUGGGUUGGUUCGAAACCUUCAGUUGCCGUUGGCCCAAAAGAUGAGCAUCAUUGCUCUUUUCAGCUUAGGGGGUUUAUGUAUUCUCGCAUCAAUUCUGAGAUCGACUGAAGCUCGGAGAACAACUGGUUCGAAUCGUUCCCAUCAGCCGAUGCUGACAUGGCUAUCUCUUUGGAGUGUCAUCGAGGCCUCUGUCGCGAUCAUCGUAGGCUGCGGUCCCGGUUUCUACCGCAAAGCUACCUCGGUCAGUAAUAGUCGUGAGACGCCAUACUAUAACAUGGAAGGCUGCACAAAGGGCUCCAAGGGCCAGAAUCCGAAGGAAAUUGGGAAUGGGUCAGUGCUCAUGAAUCCAAUAGCAUCGAAGGAUAGUGGGCCUGCUGGCAAUACUAGCAGUCAAGAGGAUCUUGUGGGUAUUAUAGUAACUAAGGGAUUCGCUGUAUCCCGUGCCGAAAGCAUGUGAGAUGGGGAUGCUCGGCCCUCAAGUAAAGCAAUAUCGACGUCAACCGAUCACGCCAUCUUCAAUUGUCUGGGACGGAAGAGUCUGUUAAAAGUCAACUAAUUGUUUUGAAGGAUAACAACGGCGUAACGAUGGUCCAUGCAAUUUUCCUCACUGCUGGUGGUCACGAUACAUGUAGGUCUUCUUAGCACCGGGCUCAAGAUGGACUCCUUGCCAACGUGCGUCUACUAUGUACCUCAAUGAGCCUCUAAACUUGACUGGAAAUUCUCAUGGUCCUGUUCCUAUGCUCAAACGGCACGCUGUGGCACUCAAGACGGAACCUGCAAAUGUUGCAGAUAGGUUCCUAUCAACUGCCAGCUUGUGACCCGUACCGGCCAUCGAACCCGUUCUGCGAUUGUUAAGUCGCGUGACGUACGAGCUUACGUAUCGAGAUAGUCACUUUAAGGGAAAC